AUGUUGCGCAAGGGACUUAAACCUACAACUUUUAAUUACAACGUCAUACUGGAUGGAUUAUUUCUGGCUGGACGAACUGUUGCUGCAAAGGAAAAGUUUGAUGAGAUGGUUGAAUCUGGAGUAAGUGUGUGCAUUGAUACAUAUUCGAUAGUUCUUGGUGGACUUUGUAGAAAUAAUUGUAGCGGCGAAGCAAUCACGCUAUUCCAGAAAUUAAGCACAAUGGAUGUGAAAUUCAAUAUUAUAAUUGUCAAUAUAAUGAUUGAUGCCUUCUACAGGGUUCAGCGAAACCAAGAAGCCAAGGAUUUGUUUGCUGCAGUAUCAGCCAAUGGUUUGGUAGCUAAUGUCUUUACCUACACCAUAAUGAUGAAAAAUCUUAUAAAAGAAGGGUCAGUGGAAGAAGCUGACGAUCUCUUUUUAUCAAUGGAGAAGAGCGGCUGUACUGCUGACUCUUAUAUGUUAAAUCUUAUUGUCAGAAUGUUACUGGAAAAAGGAGAGCUAGUCAAGGCUGGGAAUUAUAUGUCUAAAGUUGAUGCAAAGAGCUACUCACUUGAAGCUGAAACCGUUUCGCUGCUUAUCUCUCUCUUUUCAGGGAAAGGGAAAUAUAGAGAACACAUAGGAUUGCUCCCUACAAAGUAUCGGUUUCGUGAAGAAGCAGCCACAGUUUAG